AUGCUGUCUCGAGCUCUCCGAGUCCCCAGGGCGGUGCCUCUGCGCGCCAAGCUCGCCGCUCCCUCUUAUAUCGCCGCCCGCUCCGUCACCACCAACGCUGCGUCGGCGUCGCUGAGCCACUCGGUCCCUCAGUCCGACGAUGAGCCUUUCGUCGUCAACCUGAGCGAUGAGAGCUUCGAGACCUACGAGCUGGACCCUCCCCCCUACUCCCUCGAGGUCACCAAGAAGGAGCUGAAGCAGAUGUACUACGACAUGGUCAGCAUCCGACAGAUGGAGAUGGCGGCCGAUCGUCUGUACAAGGAGAAGAAGAUCCGUGGUUUCUGCCACUUGUCCACCGGUCAGGAGGCUGUCGCUGUCGGUAUCGAGCAUGCCAUCACCAAGGCUGACGACAUCAUCACUGCCUACCGAUGCCACGGUUUCGCCCUGAUGCGCGGUGCUACCGUCAAGUCCAUCAUUGGUGAGCUUCUCGGUCGACGUGAGGGUAUCUCUUACGGCAAGGGUGGUUCCAUGCACAUGUUCUACAAGGGCUUCUACGGCGGCAACGGUAUCGUUGGUGCUCAGGUCCCCGUCGGUGCUGGUCUCGCUUUCGCCCACAAGUACAACGGAAACAAGAAUGCCUCCAUCAUCCUCUACGGUGACGGUGCCAGCAACCAGGGCCAGGUCUUUGAGGCUUUCAACAUGGCUAAGCUCUGGAACCUCCCCGCCCUCUUUGGCUGUGAGAACAACAAGUACGGCAUGGGUACCUCUGCUGCCCGCUCCUCUGCCUUGACCGACUACUACAAGCGUGGCCAGUACAUCCCCGGUCUCAAGGUCAACGGCAUGGACGUCCUCGCCGUCAAGGCUGCCGUCAAGUACGGCAAGGAGUGGACUGCUGCUGACAAGGGUCCUAUGGUCCUCGAGUACGUCACUUACCGAUAUGGUGGUCACUCCAUGUCGGACCCCGGUACCACUUACCGAACCCGUGAGGAGAUCCAGCGUAUGCGCUCGACCAACGACGCCAUUGCUGGACUCAAGCAGAAGAUCCUUGACUGGGAGGUCACCACCGAGGAUGAGCUCAAGAAGAUUGACAAGGAGGCUCGCGCCCACGUCAACGAGGAGGUUGCCCUUGCUGAGGCCAUGGCUGUGCCUGACCCCAAGCCCGAGAUUCUGUUUGAGGAUAUCUACGUCAGGGGCAGCGAGCCCCAGUACCUUCGCGGCCGAACCCCCGAGGAGAACCACUACUUCCAUCCAAUCUACGCGACUUCUGCCUGGCCCCGGCGCGUCAUGACUUCAACCGUCAGCUGUGGCCGUGGUCUUCCCAUUGCCUCUCUCCUCCGCCAAAACACCCUGAGAGUGGCUUCACGACCUCUUCCAGGCCUUACUCUGCGUCGUUCUUCGUUGGAAUCACUACGGAAUCUGUGCAUCAUGGCACCCAAGCAGGCGACACUCGGGUAUGUCAAGUCAGGGCAGAGCACUCUUAACAAGUUUUUUGGUGCCAAGGGGGCGGCACCAGUGCGACAGACAACGCUUGCAUUCAGCACCAAGGCCAAAAAGGAGGUGGCAGAGGAAGAGGAGGAUGAUGUGAGCACGAAAGGCUCAAAAGCUGAUAAAGAUUCCAAGAAGCGAGCUCGAUCAGCCGACAAGAAAGCCGAAGCCGAAUCUGCACCCAUUAAGAAGGAAGAGGCUGAGGAUGAUAGCGACGGCCCCGUCACCAAGCGUGCGAGACGGUCUCGAAAGAGGGUCGAGGAGGAGGAUGACGAAAUAAGCGACGAACCAGUCAAGAAGAAGUCUCCUUCUCCCAAGAAGCGCAAAUCGGCGAGCCCCUCACCCAAGCCUACACCUACCAACAAAUCCAAAGCCCGAGCCGCCAAAGAGCCUGCCGCUGAGGAGGAGGAGGACGACGAGCCCGUCAAGGAUGAAGCAUCUACAGCAUCAGCUUCAGAGGCAGAAGAUGACGCAGAGGUGGAGGAGGAGAAGCCUGAAGUUGCUGCCAAGGCUCGGCAGAAGGCUCAGACGAAGCUCAAGUCCAAGACUAAGGAAAAGGAUCCCUAUCCUGAUUGGGAGGCGGGAACGCCUGUUCCAUAUGCGGCUCUCUGUACCACGUUUUCUCUUAUCGAGAUGACGACCAAGCGCCUGAUCAUCAUGGAGCAUUGCUCCUUGUUCCUCCGACAGGUCAUGCGCUUGACGCCCAAUGAUCUGCUUCCGACGGUAUUGCUUAUGAUCAACAAGCUUGCUCCCGACUAUGCUGGCAUUGAGCUUGGUAUUGGAGAAUCUCUGAUCAUGAAGGCCAUUGGCGAGACCACUGGUCGAAGUCUCCAGGUAAUCAAGGCCGACCAGAAGGAGAUUGGUGACCUGGGUCUGGUGGCUGUGAAGAGUCGAUCAACCCAACGUACCAUGUUCAAGCCCAAGGCUCUUACAAUCAGGGGAGUCCAUCAGGGCCUGAUGAAUAUUGCUACAGUCACCGGAAACGGUGCCCAGGGCCGCAAGGUGGAUGGCAUCAAGAAGUUGCUCGCGGCGGCUGAUGCCAACUCGACCGGCAAGGUUGAUAUCACCAAGGACAAGGGCGGACCAAGCGAGGCCAAGUUCAUCAUUCGAUUCCUAGAAGGAAAGCUGAGACUUGGUCUAGCCGAGAAGACGGUGCUUGUUUCACUCGCCCAGGCCGUUGUCUGCCACGAAGCAGAUACAAAGGACAAGGUACCUAGCACCUCGGAUAUAGAGAAGGGCGAGUCUAUCCUCAAGACGGUUUACAGUGAGCUUCCAAGCUACGACGUCAUUAUUCCUGCCAUGCUUGAGCAUGGAAUCAUGGAGCUCCGCGAGAACUGCAAGCUUCGGCCUGGUGUUCCUCUGAAGCCCAUGUUGGCCAAGCCCACCAAGGCUAUUACCGAGGUGCUGGAUCGAUUUGAAGGACAGACGUUUACUUGUGAAUACAAGUAUGAUGGUGAAAGAGCGCAGAUUCACUAUGUGGCCAAGGACGCACCCCAGCAAUUGAGCGAGGCAAGCCAAGGAGCAGCUAAGGAGGUCGCGGCUGGAGUUGCAAGCAUCUUUUCAAGGAACUCGGAGGAUCUCUCCAAGAAGUAUCCCGAUAUUCUUGCCAAGCUUGGUACUUGGGUGAAGCCCGAUACCAAGAGCUUCGUCCUGGAUUGCGAAACUGUUGCCUGGGAUGUGGACGAGAAGAAGGUGUUGCCCUUCCAGCAACUCAUGACACGCAAGAAGAAGGACGUAAAGGUCGAGGAUGUCAAGGUCAAGGUCUGCGUCUUUGCCUUUGACCUGCUGUAUCUCAACGGAGAAGCCGUGGUUGAAAAGGCACUACGGGAACGACGUGAGCUGCUCGAGGCUGCAUUUACCCCCGUGGAAGGCGAAUUCGCCUUUGCUACCCACAUGAACGGCCAGGAGCUUGACGAAAUCCAGCUCUUCCUUGACGAAAGUGUAAAGGCUUCAUGUGAAGGUCUCAUGGUCAAGAUGUUGGAUGGCAGGGAGAGUGGAUAUGAGCCCAGCAAACGAAGUCGCAACUGGCUCAAGAUCAAGAAGGAUUAUCUCUCUGGUGUUGGCGAUUCUCUUGACCUUGUCGUCCUGGGUGCUUACUAUGGCAAAGGCAAGCGUACUUCAGUGUAUGGAGCAUUCCUCCUGGCAUGCUACAACCCCAACUCGGAUACAUACGAGACUGUAUGUAACAUUGGAACUGGUUUCUCGGAGCAAGUGCUUGAAGAGCUACACAAGCAACUGUCCGAGAUCACCAUUGACCGACCCAAGCCCUUCUAUUCACACUCUUCUGGCGGGCAGCACCAGCCCGACGUCUGGUUCGAGCCCCGUUUCGUCUGGGAGGUCAAGACGGCGGAUCUGACGCUCAGCCCGCGGUACAAGGCCGGUGCCAAGGAGGGAGUCGACCCUUCGGGCACCAAGGGUAUCAGUCUGCGAUUCCCACGCUUCAUCCGAAUCCGUGAUGACAAGAAUGCCGAUUCUGCCACCACGAGUCGCCAGGUUGCUGAGAUGUACCGCAAGCAGGAGAGCGUGUCGAAGAGCAAGGGACCUGCUGUGGAUGACGACUUUGAGUAUUAG